CUCUUACGUCGAAAUUCCGGUCUUUUUGCUGGAAAAGAUGGUUUCAUCACUCUGCGUGAUCUCUUCCGAUGGGCUGAGCGGUAUCGACGCGCCAACUUCGAUGAUGAACUUAUUUUUGAAAGCCAACGUUCUACUUCCAAGUUCUACCCAUCGAACCAUUCUAAAAAUGGAACCAUCGGAGUCACUCUCUUUGAUUGGGAUGCUUUUCUUGCAGAACAGGGCUAUCUACUAUUGGCAGGACGCGUGCGCCGACCCGAAGAGGCGCGUGUUGUUGCCGAAGUAAUUGAAAAAGUGUUCCGUCGUCCGAUCGACGAAGAAAAGCUUUUCGAUCUCACAGAUCAUACCUCUCCAUCCACUCGCCAUCUUCUUGAAAUGGUUAUGGAUUCUUCUUCACUCGCCAAGGAGCAGGACUCCUCUAAUCUUGACAGUGUUGUUUGGACUCGAGAUGCCCGUCGUCUAUUCGUCCUAAUCGGAACCGCAAUUAAAUAUUCUGAACCAGUUCUUAUUGUCGGCGAAACGGGAUGUGGCAAGACCACCAUGUGCCAAUUUUUUGCUGCUCUUCAGAAGAAGCGCCUUUUCUCCGUCAAUUGCCACCAGUAUUCUGAAGCUGCUGACUUUAUUGGAGGCCUUCGCCCAGUUAGACAUGUUCGUGAUCAAUCCAGCAAGGUUGUUUAUUCGAAAGAUGUCAAAUUUAAUAUCUAA